CGACUUCCCAGCUGCCCCGUGCGGCCCGGGCAUGCCCAGUGUGGGCGCAGCCCCGGCUCUGGGAGCGCCGGGGCGGAGCGGGCAGCCGGGCUCGGAGCAGGAGAGCCGAGCCUCGGUGGGCGAGCGCCCGGGCCGGAGCCGCGGCAGUGGGGCUGCGGGGCCCUCCAUGAUGAGAGAUUUCAGGGCACUUCCCUCUCUGAGUAAUUGAUAGUCUGGGCAGUGAAGAGAUGGCUGACAGUGUCAAAACCUUUCUGCAGGACCUUGGCAGGGGAAUCAAAGACUCCAUCUGGGGCAUCUGUACCAUCUCAAAGCUCGAUGCUCGGAUCCAGCAGAAGAGAGAGGAGCAGCGUCGAAGAAGGGCAAGUAGUGUCUUGGCCCAGAGGAGAGCCCAGAGUGUGGAGCGGAAGCAAGAGAGUGAGCCACGCAUUGUUAGUAGAAUUUUCCAGUGUUGUGCUUGGAAUGGUGGAGUAUUCUGGUUCAGUCUCCUCUUGUUUUAUCGAGUGUUUAUUCCUGUGCUUCAAUCAGUAACAGCCCGGAUUAUUGGUGAUCCAUCACUACAUGGAGAUGUUUGGUCGUGGCUAGAAUUCUUCCUCACAUCAAUUUUCAGUGCUCUCUGGGUGCUCCCCCUGUUUGUGCUUAGCAAAGUUGUGAAUGCCAUUUGGUUCCAAGAUAUAGCUGACUUGGCAUUUGAGGUAUCGGGGAGGAAACCUCAUCCAUUCCCCAGUGUCAGCAAAAUAAUUGCUGACAUGCUUUUCAACCUUUUGCUACAGGCACUUUUCCUUAUUCAGGGAAUGUUUGUGAGUCUCUUCCCCAUCCAUCUCGUGGGUCAGCUGGUUAGUUUGCUGCAUAUGUCUCUUCUCUACUCACUGUACUGCUUUGAGUACCGUUGGUUCAAUAAAGGAAUUGAAAUGCACCAGCGAUUGUCAAACAUAGAAAGGAAUUGGCCUUACUACUUUGGAUUUGGCUUGCCCUUGGCUUUUCUCACAGCAAUGCAAUCUUCCUACAUUAUCAGUGGCUGCCUCUUUUCUAUCCUGUUUCCUUUAUUCAUCAUCAGCGCCAAUGAAGCAAAGACUCCUGGAAAAGCCUAUCUUUUCCAGUUACGCCUCUUCUCCUUGGUGGUCUUUCUAAGCAACAGACUUUUCCACAAGACAGUCUACCUGCAGUCAGCCCUGAGCAGCUCAACCUCUGCGGAGAAAUUCCCUUCACCACAUCCUUCUCCUGCCAAACUGAAAGCUGUUGCAGGCCACUGAGUCCUGCUGUGAAAGGGACGGGUGGGACUGGGUGGAGGAUGUGGCAGCUCUUUUCUCUGUUUUCCUCCCCCUGCCAUGGAAGGCAGGACCCACUGCCAAGGGCCCUCUGCAUAGUCCCUUCUCUUUGAAUUGGAAUCUUCCUGACGACUCCAGUAUGUGGAUUUUUACCACCACUCUAGGUCCAAAAAGACCGGAAUUUUCCAGCAGUUUUUUUU